UAGAUGGCUUAAACCUUGUUUAUGAUGUGGAGAAGCCGAUGUUCUACCGGUGCUAUUCGGGAGCUUCCCCGACUCGGCUUUUGCCCCAGAGUUCAUGGAAGAUAACAAUUCCGUCCUUCGGUUCUCCCUUGUUCCACUGAGGAUCGGAUCGUGUACCGGAGCUUCUUUAUCGGCGUGUAUAAAGUAGGCAGCGGGAGACACGCAGCGCGCCUUUGAUUGUCUUCUAAGGACCAUUUGUCCUCUCCUUCCUUGAGUCAGUUUGGUUAGAAGACCGCGUUUGAAAGUUUCUAGGCGGGAAAGAAAAGAAACCAGAGUCAACCAUCUUAUUGCUAUAGCCAUGCGUGUGCAACAGAAUGGCAGCUCCUCUACCUCGGUCAUGGAGAUGGAACUAGAGCCAGUCUACAUGUCCUCACCGCCCCUGGACCACGAUACCAAAGUUCACAUGUCAGCCCGUGGACCGAGUCGCCCGGCAAGCAGUAAACACAGUGGCCCAACUAGUUUUGAUCAGGAAACAAACUCGCUUCCACCCCCUAAUAUGGUAGCUGAGGUUGCACAAAGAUGGAAUUACCCUCGGAAGAAUAUCCCACGUGUUGCUUCGUGUUUUUGGUCUUUUACCGUCAUGGGCUCAAAUGAUGCCGCCUAUGGUCCUCUUAUUCCAUAUAUCCAAGCGCACUAUAGCCUCACAUACGUAGUCGUGUCGCUCAUCUUCCUUUCGCCUUUCGUGGGAUACACGGCGGCAGCAUUCCUGAAUAACUUCAUCCACCUCAAACUGGGCCAGAGGGGUGUCGCCAUCCUCUGUUCGGGAUGCCACUUGGUAGCCUACAUAAUCAUCGCGGUUCAUCCGCCAUAUCCAGUCUUGGUGAUUUCAUUUAUGCUGGCUGGUUUUGGCAAUGGCAUAUGUGACGCCGGUUGGAAUGCGUGGAUCGGUAAUAUGGCGCGAGCGAAUGAGCUGCUUGGCAUUCUUCAUGGCCUGUAUGGAGCCGGCGCCGUUUUAAGCCCCUUGAUUGCUACGACCAUGAUCACCAAGGCAAACCUGCCAUGGUAUGCUUUCUACUAUCUCAUGAUUGGGAUGGCUGCGCUCGAAGUAGUUGUAUCGGUUAGUUGCUUUUGGACGGCCACCGGGCGCGAGUACAGAGAAUCCCUCGCGAAACACUCCGACUCAUCUAAAGGAAGCCUCAAGGAGGCCCUGCUAAAGAACCCCGGUGCUCGUGUCACUUGGCUUUGUGCCCUUUUCUUGCUCGGCUAUGUCGGCCUCGAAGUCGCUCUCGGGGGAUGGAUCGUUGAGUUCAUGAUUCAAGUAAGGAAGGGCGCGCCAUUCGCUAGUGGUAUGACUGCCACCGGAUUCUGGCUAGGUUUGACGAUCGGCCGUUUCGUCUUGGGGUUCAUAACACCGAAAAUAGGAGAGAAGUUGGCAAUCACAAUAUAUCUCCCGGUAACGAUGGGUCUAGAAUUGUUGUUUUGGCUAGUUCCCCAAUUCUAUGUGUCCGCUGUCGCUGUGGGACUCCAGGGAUUCUUUAUCGGGCCCCUGUUCCCGGCCGCCAUUGUCGCCAUGUCAAAAUUGCUCCCGCGACACCUCCACGUCGGAGCUAUCGGGUUUGCAGCAGCGUUUGGCGGUAGCGGUGCUGCGGUUUUGCCCUUCGCGGUCGGAGCGAUCGCUCAGGCCAAGGGUGUGCAAGUGUUGCAACCAAUUAUCCUCGCCCUCCUUGGUGUCAUCUUGAUAUUCUGGAUUGGACUGCCUAGGAUGGACAAGAAAAGGGAGUGAUUGUACAUAACGAAUCGCGUAUCCGGAAAUCUAGCACACGUGAGGAGAAUAAGGAAUAAGUGCCGUAGCUUGAAAUAUGUUCUUCAUCGCGAUCCUUCCAUAUGGUCGAAUGCGACGGACGCGGAAGCUGUGCGAGUACGAGAUGACGAUCUUUUGCGAUAGGAUUGGUUUUGAAUAUGAUCCCUUAUCCGAAUACUCCGUAACACCACGCUUGCCAUGGCAUGGCUGGAGCGAAUCCUUCCUGGUAGUUUCUCCUUACCGGCUGUGGAGAUCUCGGUGUAGUAGGCAAAUACCUAGGUAGGUAGCAAGUAUACGUAUACCGCCACAUCGGUAGAUACAUGCAUUGAUGCCUUCCAGGGACCACUG